CGUUCCUUCCUUCAUUCCAUGAAAGAAAAUUCCCGUUUCCUGGCCCGCUCUGUGCCGUCGUAAUCCUAAAACCAACAGUAACAUAACCACCGCGAAACCACACACUGUCAUUGUGUUUCUCAAGUUUCCACUUCCAGCCAAAUUCUACCUGAUUACCCAUAUGCCCACUUUUUUUGUUUUCUUCUCCUUUAUUUCUCUAUGUUCUAUCGUCUUUAAAGGAAAUCACAUUCUCUUUUAUUUUAUUUUUAAUGAUUGAGUUGUGUCAUCUGUACACUGUACAUACGUACUCAUCUAUCAUCUCUAUAUAUGUGCUUGUGAAUGUAUUACUUUAUUUAUUUGUAUCUUCUUCUUCAUCAUCAUCGCCUAACGACGCAUGUUGGUCUUCUUGUCUCCUCAACCGCUGGUGGGACAAUCGGAUUUUCUCCUCCAUCUCCAUGAUCACUCGCUCCGCCUAGCUGCUGGUUGGAUUACUUUUACUUUUAAUGUUAUCAGCAUUAAAUUAAAGCCGCCGUAUCUUCAGACCGUCGGAAAUAAUGUCACAGAAGCGGCAGCCCGAGGAGGAUUACAAGCCUCUACCCGACGGUGGCCUUUCCGACGAUAAACGCCGCCGGAAGAUUCCUUCCCUCAAAAGUGUGGUGUUGGAGGUUAUGAAUAUGCGAAAAAUGCAGACUUUUAUGGAGCCCGUUUUGGAGCCUUUGAUACGUAGAGUUGUAAAAGAGGAAGUUGACAUAGCAUUGAGAAAGUACAUGACCAGUUUGAAACGGAAUGGUGGGAAAGAUGCACACCCUUAUGAAUUAAGAAGCCUCAAGUUAAAAUUCUUAGAUUCUAUCUCUCCUCCUGUAUUUACUGGAACUCGUAUCGAAGGAGAGGAUGGCUCAAGUCUUAGAGUUGCUUUGGUUGAUGCUCUUACCGGACAAGUUGUGACAACUGGCCCAGAAUCAUCUGCAAAGGUGGAAAUUGCAGUUCUUGAGGGAGAUUUUGACAGUGAUGAAGGGAAUAAUUGGACAGUUGAAGAAUUUAGAGAUAACAUUGUGAGGGAAAGGGAAGGGAAGAAGCCUCUUCUUAACGGGGAUGCAAUUCUGAACCUUAAAGAUGGUAUUGGUUUGGUUGGUGAUAUUUCCUUUACAGAUAAUUCAAGCUGGACUAGAAGUCGUAAGUUCAGACUUGGGGCAAGACUUGUGGAUAACUUUGAUGGAAUUAAAGUUAUAGAAGCAAAAACAGAGUCUUUUGUUGUAAGGGACCACCGAGGAGAAUUAUACAAGAAGCAUCAUCCGCCAUCCCUCUUGGAUGAAGUAUGGAGGCUCGAAAAAAUUGGUAAAGAUGGAGCAUUCCACAGGCGUUUGAGCAAGGAAAGAAUAUAUACAGUGAAGGAUUUUCUGACUUUACUAUCUCUUGAUCCAGCAAGACUUCGGAAUAUCCUUGGGACAGGUAUGUCGACUAAGAUGUGGGAAGUCACAGUUGAACAUGCUAGAACGUGUGUUCUUGGCAAGAAAUUGUACUCAUACUACGCUUCUGGAUCUGAGCAAAAGAAUGGCGUGGUUUUUAACAUUGUGGCACAAGUGUUGGGCCUUUUUGUAGAUUGUCAGUAUAUUCCUGCUGAGAAGCUAUCUGAGACUGAGAAGGCUGAGGCACGUGAAUUGGUAAUUUCUGCUCUUCAACACUGGGAAGAAGUAGUGUGUUUUGACAACGAGUCCUCGCUGUUUCCACAUAUCCAGUCCUCAGACUCUUCAUCUGCUAUGGCUAAUUCUGAUGGCACCAAUAAUAAUGCUUUGGCCGCAUCACAAAAGGCUCCAAUGUGUGAUUAUCAACCGUCGCCUGAUAACAUGCCAUCCAUAUACUCCAUUGGGGGUUUGAGUGGGUUGGAUCCUUAUGAUUUACAUAGCAUUGACAGUAUGGAUGUUAGGUUUGAACAACCACUAAGGUUGCCUGGACAGGAUACAAACUCCUUCAUCUAUGACACAGUAGAUGCUGUAACUCAACCUUUUUGUGGGGAUGAGCCUCUACCCUACUUCGAUUCUGAUUAUUCGCUUCACAGCUCUAGCUUUGAGCAGUCAGAUUCUUAUCUGCAGAGCGCUGUGAAUAGCUUUUUGGGUCGCACAACGGUCACCCCAGAUAAGGCACAGAGGAGAUGGAAAAUGUUGUUCAGUGUAUUGAGGUGGUUCUCUGUUAGGAGAAUUGUUGCCAGAAAGGGUGGUGUUAAUCGAAAAGACAAGGCUCCAUAUUACUAAUUAAGUAGCUAGUAGUACAUAUAUGGUAGGUAUUAAUGAUGCGGGCAAUUGAUCAGAUCAGCAAAAGUACUGGAUUCUACUGCAUGCAGAAGAAGCUUAAUUAUUUAUGAUGCAUGCAGUCUCUUCAAUUAUCAAUAAAUUCAUCUCAUCAAUAGAUAUAGAUAUAGAGAGAGAGUUGUGCAAAUUAAAGCUUUGAUUAGCUUAUGAUUAAGGUGGCAGGUGUACUGUACUGUUGUGGAAGGAUGAUACCUAGCUUGUACUCAUCAGUUCUUUCUUUUGUUGGAAUUGUUUUAUUGUUGUGGACUGUCGAUUUACUGUGCUGUGGAGAAUAUCAUCUUUGUGCAUGCGAUAUCUCCAGCCAUUUCCAUUUCAUUUUUUUGUAGUUUUAAUUUAUUUUAGUUUGUGCUGUUAUCUUGUAAGCUGAUAUAUAUGCUUCUAUCUUCAUUUAUUA